UGCGGAGGUGUGCGCUGCGCGGGGUCCGCCAGGCGCGCGGGGGUUCCUGGAGCCAGCUCCCUUCCCACCCCCGCCCCCUUGCCGCGCCGGGCUGGCCAGGCCGCUCCUCCCCUGGGUGGGUCCCGGCUCCUUUUCUGGCAGGGUCUAUUUGCAUAGAGGAAACUGCCCAAAGUGGCCGUGAAGGAGCUGGCGGCAGGGAAGGGGGCGUGCGCCACGAUCCGCUGCUGCCCGGAGGCCAAGCCCUGCGUCCCGCCGACCUCGUGCCUCGGGCUCUCCGCCUGCUCCCCGCGCUCUCAGUCUACGACCCCAGCUCUGCACCGCCUCCCCGACAGCCCACGCGCGAAAAGCGCGCCAUGAGCCGGGGCGAGCGCAACGUUGGCGACGCGCGGAAGGGCUGCCCGGCAGGCGGUGGCGGUGGCGGCGGGGGGCGCCCCGCGACGGCGGCCGGGACCUGGGCGGUGAGCGCGUUGUGCCUGCUGCUCUCCGUGGGCUCGGCGGCCGCCUGUCUGCUGCUGGGCGCCCAGGCGGCCGCGCUGCAGGGCCGGGUGGAGGCGCUCGAGGAGGAGCGGCAGCUGCUGCGGCGCGCGGGGCCGCCGGGCUCCCUGGCCGCCUGGGCCGAGCCGCACCUGGAGCGUCUGCUGCGCGAGAAGUUGGAUGGACUAGUCAAGCUCCGGACUGUUCGGGAAGCGCCAACCGAAUGCAUCUGCCCCCCAGGUCCCCCUGGACGGCGUGGCAAGCCUGGAAGAAGAGGCGAUCCCGGUCCUCCAGGACCACUGGGUCUGGAUGGCAAGCCCGGACUUCCAGGCUCCAAGGGGGAAAAGGGUGCACCAGGAGACUUUGGCCCCCGGGGAGACCAAGGGCAAGAUGGAGUAGCUGGGCCUCCAGGACCCCCUGGACCCCCGGGGGCCCGGGGCCCUCCUGGCGACACUGGGAAAGAUGGCCCCAGGGGAGCACCAGGCCCAGCGGGUCCCCAAGGAGAGGCUGGACAAGACGGCGAGACGGGCCCGAAGGGACCCCCGGGGCCCAAGGGUGAGCCCGGUGUUCCUGGAAAGAAGGGGGAUGAUGGAACCCCAAGCCAGCCAGGGUUUCCUGGACCCCCAGGGCCCAAGGGCGAGCCCGGGAGCACGGGGCCUCAGGGAGAGACCGGCAUGGAUGGUGGCCCAGGGCCAAAGGGGGAGCCUGGCCAGCGAGGUGCCGAUGGAGCAGCAGGGCCUCGGGGUCCCCCGGGCCUCAAGGGUGAGCAGGGAGACACGGUGGUGAUUGACUACGAUGGCAGGAUCUUGGACGCCCUGAAGGGUCCUCCUGGGCCACCAGGACCACCAGGGAUCCCUGGAGCCAAGGGCGAGCUCGGAUUGCCUGGUGCCCCUGGAAUUGACGGAGAGAAGGGCCCCAAAGGACAAAAAGGAGACCCAGGAGAGGCCGGGCUGACUGGACCCAAAGGGGAAGCAGGCAAGAUGGGCCUGUCUGGCCUCCCGGGUGCCCAUGGCCCCAAGGGGGAGAAAGGAGAGCCGGCAUCUGACAACUUACAGGAGAGCCUGGCCCAGAUCAUAGUGGAGCCAGGGCCCCCUGGCCCCCCUGGUCCUCCAGGCCCCAUGGGCCUUCAGGGAAUCCAGGGUCCCAAGGGCUUGGAUGGAGCAAAGGGAGAGAAGGGCGAGUCAGGGGAGAAGGGUCCCAGCGGCCUACCUGGGCCAGCUGGCCCACUGGGCCUUAUUGGGUUGCCAGGAACCAAAGGAGAGAAGGGCAGACCUGGGGAGCCAGGACUAGAUGGUUUCCCUGGACCCCGAGGAGAGAAAGGCGACCGGAGUGAGCGUGGAGAGAAGGGGGAGCGAGGCAUCCCUGGCCGAAAAGGAGUGAAGGGCCAGAAGGGCGAACCGGGACCGCCAGGCCUGGACCAGCCGUGUCCUGUGGGCCCCGAUGGGCUGCCCGUGCCUGGCUGCUGGCAUAAGUGACCCCAGUGCCCAGCUCACAACCUGUACAGAUCCUUGAGGACAUUUUUAAUUUUUGUAAAAACAAAACAGUAAUAUAUUGAUCUUUUUUCACGGGAUACACUGCCUGUGGCCUUUUAACCUUUGAGUGUGUGUCCAGCCCAGCCCCAGAAUGAUCAGCAUAUGAAGCUGGCAGGAGCAUGGACAGGCGGAUCAGGGAAUUGUGUACCUGAGGGGCACCUACAGGACUUGGUUCUCACGGGAAGGAGACACAGGUGAAGGUACCUGCCUCAGGUGAGGCUGCCGAGAUGCGGAGUUGGGCCUUCAGCCACCUGAUUAGCUGAGAGACUCUGGCUGCCCAGCUGCCCUACAAGAACCUGCCCCCAGCAGCUCCAGAGCCCCCAGCAGCCACCCGAGGCUUGGAUGGCCACUGCAGCUCUCCUGACCUCUCCAGCCUCUGGACUCAGCCAAAGCCAGCUACCCACUCUCUCUGGCCCUCAUGGACCCUGGGUUCACCAGGGCAGGACAAGACGCCCACCCAGGCCUUGCAGCUAGGCACUGAGGGCUGUGGAAAGCACCCUGAGCAGGUCUAGCUCUCACCAAGUUCAUUAGGCCUCAGGAAGCCGGCCUGUAUGAGAACACACGUCCUCUGGCCAGAAGCAGAGGCUAAGCACUGUGAUCGCCACCACAUGGACCCAGCUGCAGGGAACUCUGUGGUCCCCGAGAGUGGAGGAUGGCAGGGCCCAGGCUGCAGUGGCUGCUGCUUUCUGUCCAUCUCAAUACCACCUGGAGCAGGGAUGUGAUGGGACUUUGCCAGCCUGAGGAGACAGGCCUCCAAGCUCAGAGUUUGGGUCACCCUGGCCCCAAGUCUCCCACCCAGGAGAACUCUGGUCAGCUUGCCAAAAGUGGUCCUCCAGGUGAACUGUGCAGAUAAGAGAACCUCGGGGCUGGUUCCCAGCUGGCCCCAGCAGGGGCCCUGUGACCUGGGCAUCGGCGCUGUGCGUCUGGAGAGGCUUCCCCACCUCUGACAAGGGUCCCCAGCCACCAGCUCUGGCCCAGCUACGUGCCUCCCCUCUCUGUGUAGAUGGAUAUCACUGUGUGGAAUAAACCACCCAUUUGUGUC